CGUAAUUGUUGGCUUUGUAAGGCAUGCCCGGCCCUUGUUGAAUGUCGCUGUUCCGCAGCUGGCCGAGGCUGGUGAACCGGCUUCCAAAGAAGCCCUCGAUUAUUGAUCUCAGUUGUGGGCGCUGUCACCACAAGAUCGACACCAAAGAGGGCAUGCAGCUUUUUCUGAGGCGGCAUAUGCCAGAUGCAUCGGUCUUUGCAAGGACGAGCGUGGGACAGGUGCCCUGGGGCACUCGGAAGCAAGUUGGGAUCUAUGACCCAGGCAGAAUAUCGCCGCCAUCGCGGCAGGUGAGCGCCGUUUUAAACGGCGGCAAGAUUGGGUGCCCGCGCUGUGGGGCAGUGGAGUGGCGCGCACUUCGCUGAGCUUUUCGCUGGGGCCUUCGCGCUGCCAUCCAUGCUGCGUGAGGGCUGCGACGCUGGGCGCGCGUGGGGUUUGUCUAGUUUGGAAGGCCGAUUUUGCUCGUCCCGUGCUGCGAAACAAAACACGUC